GUCUCUACUUUCGGUGCUUGCUUUUGCGAGCGUACAAAAGACAAUGCAGUAUAUAUUGUGGCGGUCGGAAGCUCACUGAAAUCAGAUUGGUCACACAUGCAAACAUCUGGCGGGUUUCUGAUAACAGCUCCAUAUUCUUCCCACCUCUAUCCAAUAUGCCACCAGCCCGCCCAAGACCCAGUUCCCUCACCAUACCCACUCCUUCAACGGCAUUAUGGCGUGCACCCCGUCCUCCGACGCCUCGACGAGCAACCUUCCCGCCACCUGGGAUCACUUCGACCUCUCCUCUUAGGUCUAUCUCUCUCAACGCUCCUCCUGUUCCACCACUGUCGUUCUGGGACCCCGAGACUCCGACACCUAAUACCGCUACGAUGUCACCUCGCAACCCUUUCCUCUCACCGCCACCGCCAAUUCUCGAAUUCAGCCCCCACACUCUCUUCCCUAUGGCAUCGCCCCUGCUGCCGGCUUCGCCACUGUCUAUAUUUGACUGUGCCGUGUCGCCUAGAAUGGGUACCUUCCUUCUUUCGCGCACUCCUUCGCCUACGAAGGCAACGUUUCUACAUCCAGCAACACCAGCGUCACCGUUAACACCUCGCUUCUUGUUUCCACGAACACCGCCCUAUCCACCUAGGGUGAAUUCUCGACAACGGCCUGCUUCUUAUGACGCCGUGAUGAGGGUCUUGAAGACGAGGCGCUCUGGCACUAGCCUGAUGGAGAGUGGUGGAGAAGACGAGGUAGGUAAAGGGAGGGAGAAUCUGAAGUGGAAUUUUUACCACUUCGUUGCUGCUAGGAAGUUGAGGGAGAUGGGGACGGGGAGAGAUAAGAUGAAGCUGAACAAGAAGAAUGGAACCAGGAGCGGUUCGAAGGUGCGGUUGCCGUGGACGAAGAGAGGGGACAAAACAAAAGAAAGGGGGUCGACGGCACCAGUCAAACAUCGACACUUCCACGCGGUGUGGUGUAGCUGAUCUAUGCGUAUGAGUGACGGCCGGCACCAAACCGUUAGCAAUAACCAUGGUAGGGGUUUCCGGGAAACUCUCGGGAUUCAGCAUCCUUUUGGAGGUAAUAUUUGUUGGAGUUAACAUUACAUAUUGUCAAAUUUAUCG